AUGGUAACCGAACCCAAAGAGGAGCCUGCUAUUGAGGAACUCAAGGAAAUCAGAGUUCAUGAGGAGACAGAAAUAAUCACCUUGCACGGCCCUGUGCUAAGAGAGGAAUUUGAAGAAUAUUCUUCUUCAGAAGAUUAUGAGGAGUCCAAGGAAGAGCAAAUUGCUCAGUACCUGGCCAUCCUCAGGAAGCUGAAGGCCAACUCCUCUCAUACAGAGGUAUUGGAGGAGGAAGACGAGCCUGUGGUGCUGGCCAAGGAGUGUGGUGCCUUGGUUCAGAAGAAGCUUCCUCAGAAGCUCCCAGGUCCUGAAAGUUGCCUGAUUCCCUAUGUUAUAUGGACCAUCAACUUUGAGAAGGCACUAUGUGACCUUAGCUCAAGCAUCAAUCUGAUGCCUCUGUCUGUAAUAAAGAGGCUAGGAAUUCUAGAGGUGCAGCGUGCCACAAUCUCAUUGGAAAUGGCAGAUAAGACCCUAAAAAGGGCGUAUGGUAUGGUGGAGGAUGUCCUAGUAAAGGUUGAAGACCUUUACAUCCCUGUUGACUUUGUGAUUCUAGAUACAGGGGAGGACAGAGACGAAUCUAUCAUCCUUGGAAGGCCUUUCCUAGCUACUACUAAGGCCUUAAUUGAUGUGGAAAGAGCCUUCCCUCUCAGUGCAGAGCUUUACAAAGCUCCAGAAACCAAUUUUAAGUUUGGUUUUGGGCAACCAUCAUCAAGCACUAAGAAGGAAGGUACUAAGAAGAAGGUACCUAAGGGUUUGAGGGACAAGAAGAUCCCCAUUGAAGGACUCUCACCUGGCACGAGAGUUGUCUUCACUAAAAGUCCAGUACUUCCACACAUACACUUAGAAUAG